AUGCAAGAGAUGAUAGAGCUAGGAAGUGAUGCAGAGCUCCAUCAAGCUGGUGUUCGAACAACGUUGGACAUUAAUUGUGGAUUUGGUAGCUUUGGCGCUCAUUUGUUGUCACUUAACAUUAUGAGUAAAGCUGAUGGUUUAUACAACUUUGUGAAAGUUCUAGGCCGCACUCUUAUCGGCAAAGAACCAAUAUCUUUCUCAAAGAUCAAAUUCCAUCAAGGUACAGUACAUGUAUGUGCAGUACAUGGUAUUCCCUUAAUUAUAGUCAUAUGUGAAAUCUGCAUGUAUAGUACAUGCUGA